UUCAGCUCGGGAAACAACCACCUCCAUCAUCACCAGCCUCACGCUCCUUUCUACUUCCCCCGGCGCUCGCUGAACCCGCGUUCAACAUGUCCACACGCGGGCAAUUCAACACCAAGAAUCCCACCAUCAAGCGCAUCCUAAGAGAAGCCUCCGAGCUCGCCAAUAAUCCCUCCCCCGACUACCACGCCGAGCCCCUCGAAGACAACCUCUUCGAAUGGCACUUCACGCUGCGCGGCCCGCCCGCCCCCUCGCCCUACGAAACCGGCAUCUACCACGGCCGCAUCGUCCUCCCGCCGACGUACCCUCUGCGCCCGCCGUCCUUCCGCUUUCUCACGCCCACGGGCCGCUUCGAAGUCAACCGCGAGAUCUGCCUCAGCAUAUCGGGACACCACGAGGAGACGUGGCAGCCGGCGUGGGGCAUACGGACGGCCCUCGUCGCGAUGCGGAGCUUCAUGGAUACGGAUGCCAAGGGGCAGCUGGGCGGGAUUGAGUGCGGGAAGGAGGUCAGAAGGCGGAUGGCGGGGGAGAGCGGGCCGUGGAGGUGUGCGGUUUGUGGAAAGAGUAAUGGUGAGAUAUUGAAGGAGAGGGAGGAGAUGGCCAAGCUAGUGGAGGGGAAAGAUGGAAAGAGGAAGGAGGAGAGUGUGCCGGAGGAGUUGAGGCUAGCGUACCGGGAUGAGUUGGAGGGCGGGAAGGUGGGGCCUACGCCGGGGCUAACGGAGGUAGAUGGUGAGGGCAAGGGGAGGGGGAUGGCGAGGAGUCCGCCUACGACUGCGACGUCUGCGCCUGCUACGUCGUCUGCGAGCGCUGCCGCGAUCGCGCCAGCACCAAGUCCGGUCCCACGACCUACAAGGACGGUACACGCACCCGUCGUUCAGCAGCUCGUACAACACUCGCCCGACCGCUCACUAGCUUGGAUUGACGCCUGCAUAUACGGCGUCGUUGCAGCGCUCCUCUUCAUGGUAUUACGAAAGUUCGUCUAGCUUGCCCAACGCACGGCUAGGGCAGUUUCCACACCGGCGUUUUAGAACGGUUAGACACUGGGGAUGGUGGUAUGCAUCAUUGACGGUUUCCUGCAUGGUUUCUCAUUGCGUGUUCUUUUUCGUUGGGUAUACUGCAAACGCUGGUGCUUUAGAGCACCUCUUUUCAUACAUAAAUAUCAAGCAAUCCUAUGCUGUCACAUGUCC